GAUAUAUAAGUGAGUUUUGCGGAUCUGCUGGUCAGACCUGGUUUGUUUUGGAGGAGACGGAACUGAACAUAUUUGUCCUGGUUUGAACAAACGUGAUAAGACUGUAGUUACUGUCAUGCUAUUCAAGUCACUUGUAGGGAGUGCCUGCACUCUAAUAGGAGCGGCUACAGCCUUAAAAUUGGCACCUGUCGAGCUGAAGGCUCAGGCGGCUGCUCUUCUUCACAGCGAGGCGAGGAGGUCUGUGGUGGUGAAGCAGAGCGACAUGAGGGUCGAGCUGCUGCCGGCGCUCAGCGACAACUACAUGUACCUGCUGGUGGACGAGCAGUCCCGGGAGGCGGCGGUGGUCGACCCGGUGGAGCCCCUAAAGGUUGUGGAAGCCGUAAGAAAACAUGGCGUUAAACUCACAACAAUUCUGACCACCCAUCAUCACUGGGAUCACGCCAGCGGAAACGAGAAGAUGGUAAGGCUAAUGCCUGGGUUGAAAGUCUGCGGAGGAGAUGACCGAGUUGAUGCCCUUACAAAGAAAGUUUCUCACAACAACACUUUCAAACUUGGAUCACUCAGUAUCAAAUGCCUGUUUACACCUUGUCACACGACUGGUCAUAUCUGCUACUACGUGACAAAAGAAAACAGUUCUGAGCCACCUGCUGUUUUCACAGGAGAUACACUGUUUGUGGCUGGUUGUGGUAAAUUCUUUGAGGGUACUGCAGAGCAGAUGUACAGGGCUUUGAUAGAAACUCUGGGACGUCUGCCUCCUGAGACGCGCGUCUACUGCGGUCAUGAGUACACUGUCAGCAAUCUGAAAUUCGCACGCCACGUGGAGCCAGACAAUGAAGUCAUUCAGAAGAAGCUAGCAUGGGCAAAGGAGAAGUGCAGCAAUGGAGAACCAACUAUACCGUCCACUUUGGCAGAUGAAUUCACAUUUAAUCCAUUUAUGAGAGUGAAAGAGAAGUCUGUUCAAGACCAUGUGAAGCAGACGGACCCGAUUGAAACCAUGAGGAGCCUCCGGAAAGAAAAAGAUGGCUUCAGAGUUCCCAAGGAGUGAAGUCAAGCGCAUCCAUGCUGAACAGACCAGGCUGUCCAUUACACACUGAAGAAUAACUACAAAUCAUUGUCAAAGCCAUUUGAAAUAGAUUAACACUUUAACUCUCGUUGACAGUAUGCAUUUUUACCUAUAAAUUCAUCUGAAAUGAGGCUCUGAGCAAUGCAGUUCAGUUCGACGUAUCUGGUUUGUUUCACUCAUGUUCAUGCAGCUGUUUUAAGGAAUACCUGGUCAUUAAUCAAAUGCUUUAAAGGAGAAGCUCAUUUGAAUAUGUAAAUGCUUGAGAGCCUGUUAUAAUGCCGUGUGAAUAUAUUUAUGGACAAAUGCUGCAUUUAGUGUUUAAUUUUGAAACACUUACAAACAGACAUGUAACAAAUGUUUGUAAAUGUUGUAAAGCUUCUGUAAAUUGAUUUAUUCUUAAGUAAUAAUUUCUCAAGCUUUUUAAGUUUUGUAUUGAUGUUUUAUCCCCAACCAGAGAGCCUGGUCAUUUAAUUUAAUUUCGCAUUUGCUCAAGAAUUGUAAUUGUAUGAAAACCGUUCAACAGCUUUUUAGUUCCAGUCAAUUUAAUUUACAAGUAUUCAGUAAACAGAGCCUUGUUUGCUUAUUGGUGUGUCAGAAUUACUAGUUAAAUAUCCUGAGGCUCUGAUGCUUGUAAAGUUCAUUCUCAGAAAGAACAUUUCAUGGUGUUCUUUAUAAAUAGCAAAAAAUUACAACUGUUGAAAGUAUGUAACAGCAAAUGUCUGCUUUCAUCUGAAGUGUCAGAUUUCUGUUGCAAAGAUGACACACAUCAUUAACAUUUUGAGAAUAUAACUGCUUAAUAGACUUGUUCUGUGCAUUGAUUUUAGUCGCUUUAUGAUUUGGUGUGUAGAGUUGAGCAGAAAUGGGAAGACACAAAAUCUCAGGGCAAACUACAUUGAGUCUUAAAGUCAUCCACUCAUACAUGAAAUAUCUAUGAAGAGAAUCAGAUGAUGCUGAAGUUCACUUGUGAUUUUUUAGAAGGCCAAAGGACUUUUCCGCAGCAUUUUACAGCAAGAGUGCCACAUUAAACCAGGUCCAAUUCAAAAGCAAUAUUAAGGCUUGAGUAGACAACUGAAAUGUACCCUUAAAUAUGUAAUUUAAUCCAGGCCUCAGAAAUAUAACUUCUGAGGCUUUUAAUUGGGAGGCUGAUAGUAAAACUGUCAGAAACUAGAUAAAAGUGGCAUAUUUUGCAUUUCCAUGAAUAAAGGUUUCACAAAUCACAAA